CAGCCUCCAGCCUGCUGACCUGGCUCCCAGGCUGAGUCUGCCGCCCAGCACCAUGAUCCAGGGCACCCUGGAGCCUGAUGGCCUCGGCUGGGGCUGGGACGGGGAGGAUGACUGGGACGGCGCUGUCCUGACCUUGCUGGCGCUGGCUGUGGUGGGUGCCACAGCACUGGCCUUGCACUGGUUUGGCUCUGGGCAGGACCAGGAGGCAGCAGGACCCGCACCCACAACCCCCGGGGCCCAGCCUUCUCAGGCGGGAGGAGCCAGGCCAGCCUUGCCCCUGAAGUCCAAGGUCAGUGGUGGUGUCGAGGGACACAGCUCAGGGCAGGGGAAGUUAGACCCUCUGGGACGUGGCCAGAGGAGUCCGGCUGCACCAGGGACCCAGGAUCAGAAGCUCCGGGGAACUGGAGGACUGGCUGCCACAGCUCUACCUCCACUCAAGACACCUGGCGAGGUGACCCUUGGAGGGACCUUGAGGCAGCAGCAAGGUCAUGCCAGUGCAGGAGCCCCCCAAGGUCAAGGAAGAGAGCCUCUCAGGCCAGGUACUGCCCCCCUGGGUCAGAGCAAAGUAGGGGGGAUACCUGGCCCCAUCCUGAUACGCUUCACCCCUCGGAGUCCUGGCAGAGAGAUGGAAGGACGAGUGAAGCCAGGAGGCGUCCAAGUCAAGGUGCCAACUCAGCAGGGCCUGCUUCCCAUCACAGAACAGGACACCAGUCCCUGGCAACAAGGUGUAGGGCGACCUGGCUCACUAGAGAGAGGCCCCGGCAGCCGGCGGUGGCAGGUGGACCCCAGCUCAGGAGAUAGGAACCGCCACUUCCCACAGCUGGCCUCCCUGCGCCUGGGCGCUGUGGUGAGUGUGUGGGACGCUGUGGAUGCUGCCAGCAGCCUCGCCACAGGCUCUCAGAGGCCCUCUGCUCCCCGGGAGCUGCCUCCAUCACACACCACACAGCCUGGGCCCCCGGCUGAGGGCAUAGAGAAGGGGCGCAGGGAGAGCAGCCUCCAACCAGCUCCUGUCCUGGCUCUGGAGAGCAGGGAGGCUCGGGGACCCCCAGCCCCCGUGGAAGGCUGGCCUUGGGAGAGGAAGGGUGUUCUUGUCACCAGGAGCACCAGCCAGGCCCCAGGCUCCACGGGCCCAUGGCCAGAGGGGUCUCAGUGUGGACACUCACUCUUGUCUCAAGGGCAGGGGACCACAGACGCCAAUGACAUGGUAAAGGCUGGGGCUAAUGGCUCUGGAGAUGGCUCUUUCUUCAGCUCAGGACUGGGUGGGACACUGGAGCAAGCAGGCCACCGGGUCAGAGAAGGGGGAGAAUCCCAGCGAGGCCAGGGGGAGCAGAGCACCCCAGUCCCAGCCCCAGUUCCAGCCCCAGCCCCAGCCCCUGCCCCCAGUAGUGGGUCAAGGCUUAUGACACAGGAGCACAGCAUGGCCCUCAAGGACAAACAGGAGGGACAAAUCCCAACCAGCUGGGAAAACCUUAUUUCCAUGGUUCUUAGGAGUCACUCUUUCCCCAGGCAAGACAGACCCCAAGGGAGAGCCCCAAAGGCAGCUCCCGAGAGCCCUAGAGAUCCCAGCACUGGUGUCCCCUCUGAGAACAGAGAGUCUGGUUCUCCGCCUGAAGGGGCCGCCCCCAGCCUGGAGCUCAGGGAGAGCUCCUCAGACGGACCGGUCACAGGGGCAGACGCGGGGGGCCUGGCUGAGGCGGGACGUGAGCAGCCGCCGAGCCGCGUGGAGACCAAGGAGGCUCCCGCUCCAGACCCUCCCUCAGGUCGGAGAGGGGAUGCCGUCGAGGAGAAGCGAGAAGACCCUGUGCCGCCCGGUGCUGCCAGGCCCCGGGCCCCGGGCCAGCCCCCCGAGCGGAAGCAGCCUGGCCCCGAGCCCUCCGCCCCUGGGAGGGGCGCCUCGCAGCCGGUCCCGCAACCGCGGAGACGCAGCGCGUGCGGAAGAGCCGAGAGCUCCGAGCGCGGGGUCGGCCAGGCUGCGCAGCGGAGACGCCCCGGAGAGGCUCGCGGGGAGCAGCCCGGCGCGGCGGGCAGCGGGGGGCCGUUCCCGGAGGAGCGGGAAGAAGCCGGAAAGCUCACGGGGCUUCUGCAGAGGCCGGGGGGCCGGGGCCUGGCCCGGGAGCCGGCUUGGGCGGCCGCUCUGCCACCGCGGCUGGACCUGGGCAACUGCCUGGACGUCCUGGCCUUCGCCCAGCAGCACGGGGAGCCCGGCCUGGUGCGGGAGACCUAUGCCCUGAUGAGCGACAACCUGCUGCACGUGCUGGGGGACCCGAGCCUCUACCGGCAGCUGAGCGGGGCGGACCGCGAGCGCAUCCUGAGCCUUCGGACGGGCCGGGGCCAGGCGCUGCUGGGGGUCCUUGUGCUGCCCAGCCUAUACCAGGUGAGCCGCUCGGGGCUCGCCAGCGGCCCUUGCGGGGAGGAGGCUCCUGCUGCGGAGUCCGCGGCCCCGCCUCCCCGCCCGCACCUGCAUGUGUUCAACCCUCGAGAAAACACCUGGCGGCCCCUGACUCAGGUGCCGGAGGAGGCCCCGCUUCGGGGCUGCGGUCUCUGCACCAUGCACAACUACCUGUUCCUGGCGGGCGGCAUUCGAGGCUCCGGUGCCAAGGCCGUCUGCUCCAACGAGGUCUUCUGCUACAACCCCCUGACCAACAUCUGGAGCCAGGUGCGGCCCAUGCAGCAGGCCCGCGCCCAGCUCAAGCUGGUGGCCCUGGACGGGCUGCUUUACGCCAUCGGUGGCGAGUGCUUGUACAGCAUGGAGCGCUAUGACCCGCGCACGGACACCUGGACCCUGCGGGCGCCCCUGCCCGCAGGAACCUUCCCUGUGGCCCAUGAGGCUGUGGCCUGUCGUGGGGACAUCUACGUCACCGGGGGCCACCUCUUCUACCGCUUGCUGAGGUACAGCCCUGGGAGGGACGCGUGGGAUGAGUGCCCCUACAGUGCCAGCCACCGGCGCUCCAGCGACAUGGUGGCGCUGGGAGGCUUCCUCUACCGCUUCGACCUGCUGCGUGGCGUGGGCGCUGCCGUGAUGCGCUACAACACGGUGACGGGCUCCUGGAGCCGGGCGGCCUCCUUGCCGCUGCCCGACCCUGCCCCACUCCACUGCACCACGCUGGGCAACACCAUUUACUGCCUCAACCACCAGGUCACGGCCACCCUUACGGUCUCCGAGGGGACUGCCCAGUUCCAGGCCAGAGAGCUGCAGCCCUUUCCUCUGGGGAGUAAGGGGGUGCUUUGUCCAUUCAUCCUGACUCUGCCCGCCCCGGACCCACUGCAGACUGCCCUCUGA